ACUGUUAUUCGAAAUAAUUUCUGUAAUUCUAACUGACCAAAAAUGUUCGUACAGAAAAACUUAAUUUUUAUCUGUAUACAGAUAAUAUAUGUUCAUUUUAAAUAAAAAUCGAAUUACUGAUUUUAAAGGUUUUUACAAUAAGCCAAACUCUUAUUUUCAUUCAUAUAAAAUAUUUAAAAUAUGUGUCUUUAUUAUGUUUACUUGGUCUAUUUUAUGUAAAAAUAAAACAUCCCAAACAUUUUUUUUUCAACUUGCAUCAGGUCGUUUGUUUAUGACUUUCGAGCUCUGGCUUUUAUUUUGAAAGCCACCCACCGGAAUUAAAGUAUUUUCUUUUUCCGGUUUUCUUGCCGUGAGAAGGUGGUCCUCCCUGGGGUGAAAAACACCGUCCAGAUUCAGGAAUACGACGAGACAACAGUGGGAAGUUUCUAAACGCUUCGAGACGCUCACCAAACAAACUACCGAACCUGGCGUUAGGCUGACGAAUUGCCAUCGAGGUUGGCGGCGGAUUUGCGGUGUUUGAGUCGGGAACUGAAGUUGGGAAAGUGUGGGGUGAAAAUGGAGAGCCCAGCUGAGUGAGAGUGAGGCAGAGUGGGGUGAGGAGGCUGGAUUUGGCAGGAGCUGCUGCUAACAGGCUAAUUAGCUUGGUCACACACUUCUCCGCAUCACUCCACAGCCAACAAUUCUCCCUGGGGGCCGAUGCUGUUUACUCAAGACUGAAGCUUCUCCUAACGGUUCAAAGGACAGUCGAUGGUUGCAUUUUCCCUGGAAGUUCUGCCUGAGUCCUGAGGAUAACAUUUUCGGAGAGGUUUGCUGUCCCAGGCAAACACCUCAUUCAUCGAAUCGAUUGUUUUGUGCUGUUGGCCUUUCAGGGUUUGUACUAAUGGAGUCUUGUUUAAUGGAAGCCUGGUAGGUUCCUGAAAGGCUUUUGGGUCGUCCUGUCCAAUGAUUGGACAUUCAAGAGAGCUGCGCUAAAAAAAAAGAACAGCACAAAGAACAACAAAAAGUAAUCUUGACUUGUUGGGAUACUUGUUGGGAUACACAGUGCAUGAUAUAUUAAUGAAUUUAUGGGCUGUAUUGAGGUGUCAUAUUUAUGAAACCCACCUGCUGACGCCAGCUCAUCUGGACUUGGAUGGGAGUAAUCAGCCUCUUUCCUGAACAUCUCUCUGAGCUGGGGUACAGCCUGGAUGUUGAAUCAGCUGUUGCGGUGAUGAGGCAGGACUCCUGGUGGCCUGUGUGGCUGGCUGAGCAGCGGCCCGAGGUGAUGUGAUGGGGUGCCGGAACAGCAAAGUCCUCCCUGAGCCUCCAGGGGACGUUCAGUUGGAUCUUGUCAAAAAGGUUGAUCCUCAGACUCCUCAAACGGAUAUCUAUAAGCACUUCAUACGAGGGGAUGGCACUGGAAGCAAGACAGGCGAGGCUGGAGGCGUGGCAGCUGAAAAGCCUGACCACACCUGCGCAUAUCAAGGUCAAGCACAAGCUGCCUCUCCCACUUCCGCUUCAGCUCAGACUCCUAAAGACCCCUCCAAACUGUCGAACUCUCAGCGAAAGAAGGUGGCAAAGUACCGAGCCAACUUCGACCCCCGAGUCAGGGCUAAGUACGAGAUAAAAGCUCUCAUAGGUCGUGGGAGUUUCAGCCGAGUCGUCCGGGUGGAGCACAAGAGCACGCGGCAGCCGUACGCCAUCAAGAUGAUCGAGACCCGAUACCGCGAGGGCAGGGAGGUGUGCGAGUCCGAGCUGUGCGUCCUGCGUCGGGUUCGUCACACCAACAUAAUCCAGCUGAUGGAGGUGUUUGAGACGGCAGAGCGUGUCUACAUGGUCAUGGAGUUGGCCACUGGAGGGGAGCUCUUUGACCGCAUCAUUGCUUGCGGUUCCUUCACAGAGCGAGAUGCCACCGGUGUGCUGCAGAUGGUGCUGGACGGCGUCAAGUAUCUCCAUGCUUUGGGGAUCACUCAUCGGGACCUGAAGCCAGAGAAUCUGCUGUACUAUCACCCUGGAGCUGACUCGAAGAUCAUCAUCACUGACUUCGGUUUGGCUAGCAGUCGGAAGAAAGGAGACGAGUGUCUAAUGAAGACCACCUGCGGCACGCCGGAGUACAUCGCCCCAGAGAUCCUGGUUAGGAAGCCCUACACAAAUGCCGUGGAUAUGUGGGCACUGGGGGUUAUAUCGUAUAUCCUGCUGAGCGGAACCAUGCCCUUCGAGGACGAUAACCGUAUGAGGCUCUACCGGCAGAUCCUGAAGGGAAAAUAUAGCUUUUCUGGAGAGCCGUGGCCCAGUGUGUCCAAUCUGGCCAAAGACUUUGUCGAGCGAAUUCUGACAGUGGACCCCAGCGAGCGGCUGACGGCAGGCCAGGCCCUCAAGCAUCCCUGGAUCGUCAGCAUGGCGGCGGCCUCCUCUAUGAAGAACCUGCAGCGCUGCAUAUCUCAGAACCUCUUGAAACGCGCCUCCUCACGCUGCCAGAGCACCAAGUCGUCCCAGUCCAAUCGCUCCACCAAGUCCAACAAAGCUCGCAGGGUGCGAGAGAAGGAGCUGCGCGAGCUGAACCGUCGCUAUCAGCAGCAAUACAACGGCUGAAAGCUCUUCUGCAGCCCUUUGACUCGGAAACCUUUGGUCUCAGACACGACUGAGAAAACAUUCCAAUCGUAGACACUCCCAGUGUUAAAAGCCAAAAACACCUGAAAGGUCCACUUUGCUACAAACAUUCCCACCAGUUAAAUGUGCUGAAACAAGAAGUGAAGACUCUAAAUCAAAAAACUCUCGAUGAAGAUGCAGGUUGGAUCAUUUGGUUGUUUUUUUUCUCCACCUGUGUCGCUAUUUAUUUAUUAUUGUGACAAUAAAUCUCCAUUCAAAUGGUCGCUGGGUAAUGACCUUCCAAAUGGAUCUGUGGAACAGAGUUCUGGACACUGAUGUUUCUAAGAAGCAAUGUGUUCUUUGAAGUAGGGAGGAACAAAUUCUCCCUUUUUGUUUCCAAUCAAAAGUGCUGUGAAUUUAUUGUUGAACUCUCUGUACAGACCUCAUGAUGUUGUUGGUACUCAGAUUUUAGUAAACCAUAAUCACCAUCUGAAGGAUAGCAUGAAGGCUUAUUUUUAGUGCGAUAGACGUUUAAUCGGUUUUUGUUCUAAACUGGUUCCUGAGCUGUCACAAGAUUGUUAAUCUGUUAUCAUUGAAACUUAGGUGUAUUAAAUACUAAAAUGUUCCCCACCUUCAACUCCUCCUGCUGUUACCUCUCCUGUAAAGCAAACAGAUGCACUGUUUUGUUGAGUUAUAGCUGCACAUUAUAAAAGAAAUAACAUUAAAAAAAACCUGAUUCAUUGGCUGCAUCAGCUAAAAGUUAAAACUUCACAUUUUUAGUGUUUUGAGAAACAAAUUAGGGCAUCUUGCUACGUGUGUCACAUUUUGUGUUUUAUAAAGUCUUUUAAGGUUUUUGUUCUCAAAUUUUUUCCAAGUGAAAUUGUCGGUGCACAUGCGCCCCCUAGUGUUUCUAAGAGUAAUAUCAAAUUUUUAUGAAAACCUCCAAGAACAAUACAGAUUUGUAUUUUUCAAUAGGGCUCAGCUGAGGGUACUCAUUGUAAAAAUAAUAAUAAUAAUAAAAAUACCGUUGUGUAUUUAUUCUGAAUGAAUAAAAAUUAGGGUUUUAAGAAGUUAAUGCCAAAAUUAACUUAGUGAAACCCAAUGAACCCUUGCAGACAAAGAAAGUACUAAAAUUACUCAGUGUUUGCAGAACAGGAUUUCAAAAUACAGAUAACUUUGUUUUUAGUUGGAAAAAGUCUACACUUUCUUGUGUAGCUUGUGAUUUAUAAGCUCUUUUUAUGUUUAUGGAAUCUACCUUAUACUAAAAAGUAAAGCAGGCAAAUUGCAGUCUCAAUUCCAUAAAAAGACUAAGUGUACUUUGAUUUCAGAUGUAAAUCUGUCCAGUUUUUCUAGUAGAAUAUGUGAUGAAAUUAAACUCUUAUAUCCAUUUUAUAAACAUAUUUUAAAUUCUUGCUCAAAAUAAUUUGAAGUCAAUUUAGUAAAUUCAUAUAGCUCUAAUUUACAACAGAAACUUUACAGUUGGCACAGGUUUAUAAAUUUAAACCAUUAUCACAUAAAAUAUAUUAAAAGUUUAUGUGACGUCUGUUACACUCAAAAUGAAGAAAGUGAAAGAGUAAUGGAUUUAAGCAAAAUAAAGCAAUUUGUAAAAUACAGUUUGUUUAUUUAUUUAGUCAAUUAACAGCCAAUAAUAUAAAAAUGUUUUGAGAGCUCUGGUUUCAAUUAUUUUUCCUCAGUUUUUUUUUUU